GUUGGCGACCCGAAACCGGGCGCGCCACUCGGCGCUUCCCUGACGGUGCGCGGGGAUCCGUCUCUCAGGAGAGAGGACUUGGCAGGGGGAGAGCAACGUUCACGAGCGCGGCGCCGGGCGAGGCCUUGGUGACCAUGGCGGGACCGCAGUCUCUGGCGCUGCAGCUGGAGCAGUUGUUGAACCCGCGACCGCGCGAAGCGGAUCCUGAGGCCGAGCCGGAGGAGGCCACUGCUGCCAAAGUGAUUGACAGGUUUGAUGAAGGGGAAGAUGGGGAAGGUGAUUAUCAGGCGGUGGGUAGCAUUCGAAAGCUGGCAUCAGCCUCCCUCUUGGACACAGACAAGAGAUAUUCUGGCAAGACCACGUCUAGAAAAGCUUGGAAGGAAGACCAAUGGGAGCAGCCUCUGUCAGGCUCAUCUGAUAAAGAAAUAUCUGAUGAGGACGGGUCUGCAGAUGGAGAUUCAGAGGACCUGGGCCUGGAGGAGUCUGAUGAGGAAGCCAUGAGUGCUGAGGAUCAGGAGGGUGGGGACGAGGGGGACAGCAGCCUGACCUGGAAGAAGAGAAGUGGGAGCCACUCACGGACAUCGUCGGGCUUCAGUGUCCAGAGCAUCAGUGACUUUGAAAAAUUUACUGAGGGGAUGGACGACCUUGGUAGCAGUGAGGAGGAAGAGGACGAUGAGGAGGAGAGUGGUUUGGAAGAAGGGGAAGGUGAGGAAGACUUUGAAGAUGUGAGUGAGGAAGACAAGGCCGAAGACAGGGCCAGUGAGGACGACGGGGUGGUAAUGACCUUCUCUGAGGCCAAAGUUUCUGAGGAGGUGGAGAAAGGCCGAGCUGUGAAGAAUCAGAUAGCACUGUGGGACCAGCUCUUGGAAGGAAGGAUAAAGUUACAAAAGGCUCUGCUGACCACCAAUCAGCUUCCUCAACCAGAUGUUUUCCCUGUCUUCAAGGACAAAGGUGGCCCAGAAUUUGCCAGCGCCCUGAAAAACAGUCACAAGGCACUUAAAGCACUGUUGAGGUCAUUGGUGGAUCUCCAGGAAGAGUUGCUUUUCCAGUACCCAGACACUAGGUAUCUCGUAGAUGGUACAAAACCCAAAGCAGAAAGUGAAGAAGAGAUUUCCAGUGACAAUGAAGAGCUCAUAGAGGAGAAGCAGCAGCCACAGAGGAGGGGCCCAGCAAAGAGGAAGCUGGAGACGGAGGACUACCCCAGCUUCAUGGCGAAGCGCUUUGCCGACUUCACUGUCUACAGGAACCGAACGCUCCAGAAAUGGCACGAUAAGACCAAGCUGGCUUCCGGAAAACUGGGGAAGGGAUUUGGUGCCUUUGAACGCUCAAUCUUGACUCAGAUCGAUCAUAUUCUGAUGGACAAAGAAAGAUUACUUCGAAGGACACAGACCAAGCGUUCUGUCUACCGAGUUCUUGGCAAACCUGAGCCAGCAGCCCAGCCUGUCCCGGAGAGUCUGCCAGGGCAGCCGGAGAUCCUUCCUGAGGCACCUGCCAAUGCCCACCUGAAGGACUUGGAUGAAGAAAUCUUUGAUGAUGAUGACUUUUAUCACCAGCUCCUCCGAGAACUCAUAGAACGGAAGACCAGCUCCUUGGACCCCAAUGAUCAGGUGGCCAUGGGAAGGCAGUGGCUUGCAAUCCAGAAGCUAAGAAGCAAAAUCCACAAGAAAGUAGAUAGAAAAGCCAGCAAAGGAAGGAAACUUCGGUUUCAUGUGCUUAGCAAGCUGCUGAGCUUCAUGGCACCUAUUGACCAUACCACAAUGAAUGAUGACGCCAGUUAACCAUUUGUCAGCAGCAUCAUUGCAAGGGUCCUUGUCACAUCUCUUCACUCCCAAACUGUAAAACCAAAACAAAAUCUUUGUAAAUCUCAGUGCUGCCUCUGUGUGGUUUUUUGUUUAUGCUGUUUUGUUUUUGACAUUAGCCACCUGCUUUGGACAUCUGAGCUCUUCUCUAGAUAGAUGGGUUAAGACGGUGCACACACACUUGCUUCAUGUGUUUGGGGUUUUAUGUAUAUGUUCUCCUUUUUAAAAUGGGUGGAGGAAAAAAAAAUGGGUGUAGAGAUUGCUCUGGGGAUGUGCAUUAUGUUGUGUUUGUUCAGGGUACUGUUGAGGAUUUGGGGGUUUUUUUGAGUAUUUUUUACAAAAGAAG